AUGGAGAUACAGAAAGGAGCCGAGCUUUGUUUUCAACAACUACUCAACAAUUCCUGCAGGAAGCUGACACUUCACUGGUCCAAGGCUGUGCUUCUGUACAUUGUGCUGUUCUCCAUCUCUCUGAUCACUGUUGCUCUGAACCUCCUGGUCAUCAUCUCAGUCUCCCACUUCAGGCAGCUUCACACACCCACUAACAUCCUGCUUCUCUCUCUGGCUGUCUCAGACUUUCUUGUUGGCCUCCUGUUGAUACCUUUAGAAAUCCUUAGAAGCACAACCUGCUGGGUAUUUGGUGAUGUUAUAUGUUCUGUUUAUUGGUAUCUGACUAGCAACAUUACCUGUGCUUCAACAGGAAUCAUAGUUCUAAUAUCAGUUGACCGCUAUGUAGCUAUUUGUGACCCUCUGCAUUACCCCACUAGAAUGACUGUGGCGAGGGUGAAACUCAGUGUUUGUCUGUGUUGGUUUUAUGCUAUUUUCUACGUCACUCUUUACCUAAAAGAUUUCCUGAUUAAACCAGGCAGUUAUAAUUCCUGCUAUGGAGAGUGUGUCCUUGUCAUCAAUGAUACUGCAGGAACUGCUGACCUUGUUUUAUCCUUUUUUGUUCCCAUCAUUGUUAUCACAGUUCUGUAUAUGAGAGUAUUUGUGGUGGCUGUGUCUCAGGCUCGUGCCAUGCGCUCAUAUGUUACAGCUGUCACACUUCAGCGUUCACUGAAUCAAACAAACAAAUCUGAGUUGAAAGCAGCCAGGACUCUGGGUGUUCUAGUUGUUGUGUUUCUUGCAAGCUACUGUCCGUUUUACUGUUAUACCCUUGUUGAAGAAAAUGUGGUCAGUGAUUCAUCUGCAUUUUUUGUGGUCAUUGCCUUUUAUUUUAACUCUUUUCUAAACCCAAUGAUCUAUGCCUUCUUUUAUCCUUGGUUUAGAAAGUCAGUUAAACUUAUCAUCACUCUGCAGAUCUUUAAGCGUCACAGCAGUGAUUCUAACAUAUUAUAA